UUUCGGUUGUAUGAACUAAACAAGGAUUCAGAGCUUCUGAUUCAUGUAUUUCCUUGUGUACCAGAACGGCCUGGCAUGCCUUGUCCAGGAGAAGAUAAGAGCUCAUUGUGCCAUCUGCACCGACCGAAUAUGGGGCCUGGGUCGCCAAGGGUAUAAAUGUAUCAAUUGCAAACUCCUUGUUCACAAGAAGUGUCACAAACUUGUCAAUGUUGAAUGUGGCCGUCAUACACUACAACCAGAACCAAUAAUGCCUAUGGAUUCAUCAUCAGUGCAUCCAGAUAAUGUAGAAUCGGUGAUUCCGUACAAUCCCUCAAGUCAUGAGAGCUUGGACCACGUUGGUGAAGAAAAAGAGGCAAUGAGCAUUAGAGAAAGUGGCAAAGCUUCCUCCAGUCUGGGUCUUCAGGAUUUUGAUUUGCUCCGAGUUAUAGGAAGAGGCAGUUAUGCUAAAGUACUGCUUGUUCGAUUGAAGAAAACUGAACGUAUUUAUGCGAUGAAAGUGGUGAAGAAAGAGCUCGUCAAUGAUGAUGAGGAUAUUGAUUGGGUUCAGACAGAGAAACACGUCUUUGAACAGGCUUCAAAUCAUCCCUUUCUUGUUGGACUACACUCUUGCUUCCAGACAGAAAGCAGGUUAUUCUUUGUUAUAGAGUACGUAAACGGAGGAGAUCUAAUGUUUCAUAUGCAGAGACAGAGAAAGCUGCCAGAGGAGCAUGCCAGGUUUUAUUCUGCUGAAAUUAGUCUAGCAUUGAACUAUUUACAUGAACGAGGGAUAAUCUACAGAGAUUUAAAACUGGAUAAUGUGCUACUAGAUUCUGAAGGGCAUAUUAAACUCACAGAUUACGGCAUGUGCAAGGAGGGUCUGAGGCCUGGUGACACAACCAGCACAUUCUGUGGGACUCCAAACUAUAUUGCACCUGAAAUUCUCCGGGGAGAGGAUUAUGGCUUCAGUGUAGACUGGUGGGCACUUGGUGUGCUGAUGUUUGAAAUGAUGGCGGGCCGGUCACCAUUUGAUAUUGUCGGGAGUUCUGACAAUCCUGAUCAGAACACAGAAGAUUAUCUUUUCCAAGUAAUUUUGGAAAAACAGAUCCGAAUUCCUCGAUCGCUUUCUGUUAAAGCAGCGGGUGUUCUAAAGAGUUUCCUUAAUAAGGAUCCAAAGGAACGUUUAGGCUGCCAUCCUCAAACGGGAUUUGCAGAUAUCCAGGGACAUCCAUUCUUUCGCAACGUUGAUUGGGAUCUGAUGGAGCAAAAGCAAGUGGUGCCGCCGUUUAAACCAAAUAUAUCUGGAGAAUUCGGUCUGGAUAACUUUGAUUCCCAGUUCACCAACGAACCUGUGCAGCUCACUCCAGAUGAUGAUGAUAUUGUGAAGAAGAUUGACCAGUCUGAAUUCGAAGGCUUUGAAUAUAUAAAUCCUCUUUUGAUGUCAGCUGAGGAAUGUGUCUGAAUUCUCCGUUUGUGGGCUGUGCCAAUUGUUACUCUGUUUGCUUCUGCAUGGAUAAACAUCUCUUCAUUUGGAUGCACUUGCAUAAAAUGAGUAACUGAACAUCUUACCCUUGCCACCGAGCGUGAAUUACUCACUAAUUUUCUUUUUGUA